GUUUAUUAUUUUAAUGUUUCUCAUUCAGUUGCUUCCCAAUUAGUAUCAGAGAAAAUCAAAAGAAACCAAACACAAUUCAAUUCAAUUCAAUUCAGUUCUGCAUCAUGGUUUUAUUGCAAGCAGACCCGUUUCUUAACGAACUAACAACCAUGUUUGAACAAAGUACUGAGUUAGGCUCUGUUUGGGUCACUCUUAAACGAUCAUCAUUGAAGUCUAAGGUGCAGAGGAAUAAGAUGAACACGCAUGGCCAACCUAUUGAGUACCGGUGUCUGAUUCGUGCUACUAAUGGCAAGAAGACUAUCUCUACUUCGGUUGGGGCAAAGGAUCACCAGCGCUUUCAAGCUUCUUACGCGACCAUUCUCAAGGCCCACAUGACGGCUUUGAAGAAGAGGGAGCGGAAGGACAAGAAAAAAGCAGUUGGGGCGGAUAAAAAGGAAGUCGGCUCAAAGAAACCAAAGAGAGCCUGAACCAAGUAAAUUUUUUUGAAGCCUCUUUGUAAAUUGGAAUUUGGAAAUGCUGUCAUUUACACCCCUAGUCUAAAGAUAUGAGAGGUUUUUGAGUCUUUUAUCCAGCAAGUACCAGAAUCUUUUUGAUGUUGGGAAUUUACUGAGAUGAAGGAUGGAUUUUUGUCUGACAUUUCUCAAUAUGGUUGAAAAUUUACAUGAGAAAUUUUUGUUAGUAAGAAAUUGUUAAUAUCUUGUUGCCAGGUUUAUAUUGAUUUACUUAUAUUGAUCUUGGAUGCUGUCGACAA